AUGAUCUACUCUACGCAAAUAUCAAGGCUUGAUGGCCUCAUGCUCUGUGCCUCAGUCGAUGAUGAACAGGCCGAGUCCACCCUCGCAGAGACCAAGCAGAACGUGCGCCAGGUCCUCCGCAAGCUCACACGCAACUCCGAGUCCCAGGCCUCUAUCGAGACGCCCAACCACACGCUACACUACCUCAUCGACUCGGACAUCGUCUUCCUCGCCAUCUGCGCUCCCUCGUACCCCCGAAAGCUUGCAUUUACCUACCUCGCCGACCUCGCUCGCGAAUUCACAACCACCUACCCAGCAUCCCAGGUCCACUCGCCUGCUCUGCGACCCUACGCCUUCAUGGAGUUUGACACCUUCAUCUCGAAGACGAAGACCACCUACGCUGAUUCCCGAGCCUCGGCUAACCUCGAUAAACUUAACGAUGAGCUGCGCGAUGUGACAAAGGUAAUGACCAAGAACAUUGAGGAUUUGCUCUAUCGUGGAGAUAGUUUGGAGCGCAUGGGAGAGAUCAGCUCGAGGCUGCGUGAUGACAGCAAGAAGUAUAGGAGAGCUGCAGUGCGAAUCAACUGGGAGUUGCUGGUAAAGCAGUACGGACCCUUUGCGGCUCUUGGGUUCAUCAUCAUCUUCUUCCUGUAUUGGCGGUUCUUUUAA